UGAUAGCCAUACCAAGGGCAGACUGGACAACUCAUGAGGGGGAUCAUGGGGCCCCUGUGUCCUUGCCCAUACUAAAAAAGCCUUAUCCAAUUUGUAUCCAGGGGUGGACUGACAACUCAUGGGGCCCCGGGCAAUAGGGGAUCGUGGGGCCCCUGUGUCCUUGCCCAAACUCAAAAAAGCCUAUGAAAAAGGUACCAGGGGGCAUCUCAUGGGGGCCCCUACUGACCCCGGGCCCUCAGGCAGUGCCCGAGUUUCCAAAUGGUCAGUCCUCCCC